CAUGGGCGGGGAAAAGGAAGGAAAACACGGAAGUGCUGAAGCCUGAAAGACCUUAACAGAAGAGAAGGUUGUUCUGCGGCGAGGGAAGAAGAGGGAAGCCUUUUACAACUACAUUUUAUUUCACUUAACGCAUCAAAGCAACAUUUAAUAUUCACAGUGAUCUCAGAGACGCGCUGCCCUCGGAGUGGGACGGAUUUCAUCUUGGAAGGUCACACGUUUAUGCAUUUUUACAGAAUUAUUCCAUGAGCAUCUACUAUUCCGUGAUGAGCGACAAGCUGCUCUUCCUCGGCCUGCUGUACUUUGUGCAGGGUAUCCCAUAUGGAUUGCAGUCUUCACUUCUUCCAGUCUAUCUUCGUGGCACUGGCCAGUCGCUAACCCGCAUCUCUUUGGCCAAGGUACUUUACUUCCCCUGGGUGCUCAAGGUGCUGUGGGCGCCCCUAGUGGACCGUGCGGGUACCAAGCGGCGCUGGUUGGUGUCGACAGUUGGUGGAUUGGCGCUUGUGUGUCUGGCGGGUGCGACACUGUCACCUGAGCUACAGCAGGGUGGUGUGGCGGGUGUGCUGCUGGCCAUGAACGCACUGGUGUCUGUGCAGGACGUGGCAGUGGACGGUGUAGCUGUGAGGCUGCUGCGUGGCACCGCUGAGCUCGGCCUGGGCAACACGGCGCAGGUGGUGGGCUACAAGGCAGGCUCCGUCUUUGCCGGAGGUGGCCUCCUAGCCGUGAUUGAUGUAGUGGGCUGGGCGUGGACGUUUACAUUGCUGUCUUGUGUAUACGGAGGGGUGGCGUUGUUCGUAUGCGGUGUGAAUGUACUGGACGGUGAAGGAGGGCGGGCCCCAGGAGAGGCGAGAAAGCCCACGAGGGACACAACAAGACCGUGGACUAUGUGGAAGAAACUGAUGGACGUGCCGGGGACGCCGUGGACCAUGCUCUAUGUGCUUACUUAUAAGCUAGGUGAACAGGGAGCCAUCACGAUGUUCCCCCUCUUCCUGUUGGAUCAUCAUAUGACGGCGCGAGAGCUCGGCCUGUGGAACGGCGUGGUCGCCAUGGCCUUCUCUAUUUUCGGCUCCUCUCUCGGAGGAUUCUUACUCUCAAAGUACAGCAUCAGCAUGUUGAUGCGGCGUGCGUUUGUGAUCCGGACCGUCAGCAUGGUUUUCCAGUGCUCGCUACUCACUGUGCUCGAGCCCUCUCCUCUAAUGAAAGGCAUGGCAGUGUUGAGUCUGAGCAUGCAGCACUUUAUCGCAGGCCUCAUCACUACUCUCACCUUUACCUGUAUGAUGCACUGCACACAGCGAGCUGAGGAGAGCAUCCAGGCGACUCAUUACAGUUUCUUGGCCACGCUGGAGGUAUUAGGGAAGUUGUGCUUCAGCGCCCUGGCUGGAGCCAUAGUGGACACGAUGGGCUUCCCUAUCGCCUUCCUCCUCUUCCUCUUCCUCACCUCUAGCAGCGCCCUGCACGUGUGGAGAGCCGUGGACACGGGAGUUUUGAAGGAACAACUCAAAGAACAGCCGCAGUAAAUCAAGGACAGGAAGAGAUGGUGUGUGUGGGUGCAUGCAUGAGUGUAUGAAUCCUAAAAGAACAAGUGAGAAGGAGGGGAAAAGUGUGUGUGGGGGGGGUGGGGGGGGGGGGUCUUGGCACGGGAGUUUUCUGCUUAAAAUGCUGGACACAUAAACCAAACAUUCUUUAUACACUAUACUCAAUGCAUAUUACAGUGAAGUGAUUAUAGAGAAGUCUGCGUUGUAGCACCAAUUCAGUAUGUCAGGUGAAGAACUCUAAAGCCAUUUCAGCGUGAUUCAGCACAAUACGGUUUGGAUGUGAUCGCUACUCAGACACAAGUGGUUUAAGAUCACGAAAAAUAUAGUUUUUCUGGGCUGGUCCUGGUAUCCACUAACAACCAAGACCCCGUUUACACGUGGUCAUUUCAUGUGUCCUGAAUACCGGGAUUAUAUCUGGAUAGAGAUUAUCCACAUAUAGCCGAACGUGUCAGUUUAAAGUGACUAGCGUCCUGCAGAACCUGACCAAAAAAAGUCCAGAAAGGGAUUUACAUGUGGUUAAAAUCUUUUCACGGUACAACCCAGGUACGAGACGUACGAAAAUUCCAGGUGAAAACAGGGUAUGAAGCGCUUGCAGCAGCCAUAUAUUACGUUUGUCCCACAACGUUCUUUCCAGCUGUCAGGAAAUCUGAAUAAGCCAAUAAAACUGAGCCAUAACUGAGAGCAUGUCGUUAGGUUUGCCGAAAGAGUAGUAGACAGUAUUUUACUCACAAGUUUAAAAUAUUAAAAACAACUUAGUAUUAUUUAAAAUAUAUCUAUGACAGGAAUUACGCCUCUAGUGACUGACAUGUAAUGAAAACCCAGUAAAGUACAUGAUGUAGAAUUGUUAUUUAGUAGUCUUUGAAAUACUGUUGUUGUUGUUGUUGUUGUUGUUUUUUUGUCCUUAAUAACACCAAAGCUUACUAUAUUAACUGUAAUCAGAAUGUGUCAAUUUAAUUUAUACGUUUAAAAAAAAAAAAAAAAUCAUUCAAGUAUUUGUCGAUUUGAACAUCGGCAUUGUUUUAAAAAGGAGAAAAUACUUAAUAGUUAAUCAUUAUUAAGACACAUUUCAAACUUCCGAAAGUGUCACAGUAUUUACCUGAAUUACUGUAGACCAAGUGUUGUCGUUAUUAUUAUUAUUAUUAUUAUUAUUAUUAUUAUUAAUGUCUGUUCUUUUAGCUCACAUGGAUGUAAAAUAUUGUAAAUUUAAAUUAUGGGAUGUACAAUAUCUUUACCAGCGAGACUUCUGGUUGUUUCUGAAGCAUACCAUUUAUAGAAAUUUCCAUGUGUGGUACUUCACUUGAGUGCUUUACAUUUUCCUAUGCAACAAUGCAAUAAGGUGUGUUCUUAACUGAUCUGUUUGUCUACUACUAUAGAUCAGGGGUAUUCGACUACAAAUUGUGAAGGUUCAGCAACCUAAAUUUCCUUGUUUACAAAGACCCGAAUAAGCAGCUAAUACGAGUGAAUGGCAACAACCUUUUAUGCCUUUUUUUGUUUUGUUUUUUUGGAUUCUGAAGGAAUCUGAAGGAGUCUGUUUAGAACUUGAGCUGUAGAAUGAAUGAACUAUUCUCUGUCCCAACAUCUUUAAACAUCCUCUUUUCAUCAGGUUUUUUUUUUUUUGGUAAACAAGCCAUGCUGUCACUUAACACUAGAGAAGGUAAAUGAACUGCAACAACAACAAAAAAGACCAAUUAGCUGCUUUCAGCUAAAUAAUUUCCACAAGAGCGUGUGAUUGGCUGCAGAAAGCUGCAAAAGCGCAUCUGUUACAGAAGCAGUGAUGAUUCAUGUCAACUUCAUCUCAACAUGUCAGAUUAUUUCAUAUGUUUAGUGGUUCCGCUACAGUACUUUUCGUGCUUGGUUCAAUCCACUGUAAAUACUUUGCUGGGACUGCGUCUGGACUGCAGUAUGCCAGAGGACAACCGUUUGGUUUUAAUUUAUUUAGAAUACUUCUAUGCAAAAAAGAUCUAUUAUUGAAUAAACAGAAGUAACCAAUAAUCAUUAUUUAAAGGGCAAUGUACAGCGGAGUAACAGUCAUCCUCACUAGCUGUUAAUUGUUAUUCAUAUAUUGGCAUUUAUUGGAAAUUUUUUUACACACAUACUUUUUCAGUUACAUUAAAUUUUCACACAUUCACUUCCAGUGUGCUUACUGUAGAUGGUAGAGGUGUAAGGAUACACUCCGGUCAUGAUUUGAUUCGCUCAUGAUACUGGCUUCAUAAUUCGAUCCAAUUUGAUACUCAGAACAAAAUCUGAAUCAAGAAAAAAUGUCUGAAUAGGUUUAAUAUUGUAAACAAAAUGUACUACACGUCCAACAUAUCUUAAAAUUAAAUAAAAAAAAAACUGAUUGAAUAAUCUCUGACCAGGGUAAAAUGAUGGUUUGAAACAUAAUGAGAGCUCCAAAGUCGGCUAAAGUGAUCGAGUUCUGCGGCCUGUAGAUUACAGAGGCACAGGGCUGGUGUAAUUUGAAACCUACCAAAGAGCUCAUUUUAGCUGUUACAAUGUGGUUGUGUAACAUGUUAUAUUAUAACACGCGCCGUAUGUUAUGUUUUAACGAGUCAUCGGCCCCAGCGUACACUCAUCAUAUUAUAAUCCUAUAUAAGGGUUGUGCAAAUUGGGACCUCUGGUGUUCAAAUAGUGCAGUUGCGUUAGAUGCAUAAUUAAUUAAAUGCUGAUUCCCACGAUCAGUACAUCGUCAAUGUUUUGCAUUUCGAUGCAUCGUGUCACGAUGUAUUGUCACACCCCUCAGAGGCAUACAAAUUUCAAUUUGUGAACGUGCAUAAAAAGCUAACACUGAAAGGAAAUUCAGAAGGAAAAAUGCAAGCUUGACAAAUGCAGCAUGAAAUACAGUAGCAUCAUUUAAGAUGUGAGGCUGGAUGAAGCAAGCAUAUUAGGUGCUACACUUUCUCUAUUGUUUAUUUUAUUCGAUUUUUUUUUCUCCAUUGCAAUCACUGUAGAGCCAACACCAGAAUGCAAAGUGUUUGAUAUACCAGCAUCACCUUGCACAAAAUCUACAAAUAAAAACCUGCUACUGGA